AGGUCCUUGCACAAACAAGCUUUGGAGACAAACAACCCCAUGACCCUUUGAGGCCGGUUAAGCUCCAAGAAAGGACCCUUGGGACUGAACCCCACAGAGGGGCCACCAGACUGAGAGGACUCCAAAGAAGGACCCCCCAGACUGAAAGCCUGCUCCCAGACAGAGGGGUCUCCAGACUGAGGGACCACCACACAGGGGUCCCUGAGACACGGCCACUUCAAAAGGACCCCCAGACUGUGAGACCUAGAGAGGAAGGGGUUUCUGGAAGUGAACAUUUCUUCCCCCACCUACACUGAGGUCAGCCCCGUGAGGACAUCAGCUCCAGCCCCAGGGUCCUAAUGGCAGCCGAACCACUGACUGAGCUGGAGGCGGCCGUUGAGACUGUGGUCACCACCUUCUUCACCUUUGCGGGGCAGGAGGGCCGGAAGGGCAGCCUCAGCAUCAAUGAGUUUAAGGAACUGGUCACUCAGCAGUUGCCUCACCUGCUCAAGGAUGUGGGCUCCUUAGAUGAGAAGAUGAAGAGCUUGGAUGUGAAUCAGGACUCAGAGCUCAAGUUCAAUGAGUACUGGAGACUGAUUGGGGAGCUGGCCAAGGAGAUCAGGAAGGAGAAGGCCCUGGAGAUCCGAAAGAAGUAAAGCCGGCUGGCCGGGAUGGGGUGGGCAUGGCAGGGCUGGGCAGUACCCCACUCCCCACAAAUAAAACUUUCUCCUUGAAACACAGAUGUUUCUUACUCACA